UCUUUAGCGUUACAGAAAUUAUAAGCGGGAUUUUAUUGUCGCGAACGGAUCUGAAUUGACGGGAUCUUCUAACGUAUUAAAUUAUAUGGAUACAAAACACACGAGAUGCGAGACGAGGCAGAAUCGGACUUUAAGGUGGAUUUAACUCCGGAACAACUGGCCGGCAGGAUAUUGUCUGUUUACUGCAGAGACUUUGUGUCGUACAAUGAAAUCACGUUUUCCCCAACUAUGUACUUAAACGUUCUGACCGGUCCAAAUGGAAGCGGAAAGUCUACGAUUGUGUCUGCCAUUAUAUUGGGCUUGGGCGGCGAGCCGGCUGUACUGGACCGAUCCGCGCACAUUGCGGACUACGUGAAGAGUGGCGAGCGGAAGGCCACAAUAGUCGUGACUGUUCACGGAAGGAGGACUGACUCCAAGGUGUCAUUUCAGCGUGUUAUUAAUCGGAAAGGCGAAUCGGUAUAUACGCUCAAUAAUGAGCAGGUCACAAAGAAAAAGUUUCUGGAACAAGUCGCAUCUUUCAACAUACAAGUACAAAACUUGUGCCAAUUCUUACCCCAAGACCGCGUACAGGAUUUUGCAAAAAUGAACCCACAGGAGUUGUUAUUAAACACAAUGUCUUCCAUUUGCGACAGUGAUCUGAUCAACAGCUUCACUGACUUGAAAGAUCUUCGUAAGGAACAGUUGUCCAGUCAUGCCUCCUGUAAUAAAGAUAUCGAAAAUCUUGAUAGAGAGCAAAAACGUUUGGAUAAGCUAGAGACGACUAUUGCCCAGUAUAAUGAGCGCGAGGAAUUGGUAAAAAACUUAAAUAUUUAUAUUGGAAAGAAGAAGUGGCUUGAGGUGCAAAAGGGGCAAAAAAAGAUAGAUACCUGCAACAACGACCUGCAGGCAGCCUUGAAGAAUUUGACGGUCGUGAAAAAGAAGUAUGAUCAAGGAAAGCGUGCCCAAGAUACAGUUAUAAAGAUGACUUCGAAAUUAAGGAACGAUACUCUGCAAAAAACUACGGAACUGAUGCAAGAAAUUGAAAAGAAAACCGGUCUAGAAUAUCAGGUGGACUGCUUGAAGCAGAAAAUUCUUCAGAGCAAAAAUAUAUUAGAGAGAAACACGGAAAACUCAAUCAAGUGUAUUUCUGAUAUUGCUAAAGCUGAAGAACGGAUGAAAGCGCAUAAUGCAGAUUUACAGGACUAUGACGCUGUCAAACAGCAAUUAAACACAAAGUUACAGGAAAAAAAACAACAAAUUCAAAAGAUUACUGAUCGCAUGAUGCAAAAAUACAAUGAACGCCGAGCCCUUGAAAGAAAAUUAAAUGAGGAACAAAUUCCGGGAAUAGCAGCUCUUAAAAGUCGACUUAAUAAAUUCGAAAAUUUGAAGGCAAAAAAAAUAAAUGAAUUAUCCAAUAGUAAUCCAAACUUGAUUAAAGCAAUGAACAUUGUGCGUGAAAUGCAGCCUACACUCAAUGCUAAAGUUUACGAUCCAAUCUUAUUUGAGAUAACCGCUGAUAAUGAUGUAGCUGCAAUGUAUUUGGAACAUGUAAUCAGAUUUCGCGAUUUGUUGGCUUUCGCAUGUGAGAACAAAUCCGAUAUGUCAACGCUUAUUCAAAAAGUGUGCGUGGAGAACAAGCUUCGUGUGAAUUUUAUUUACUGUGAACCUACUGAAAAGCGUCAUCAUAGUCCCUACGUGCCACUUAAAGAUUUACGAGCAUACGGGUUUACUGCGUAUCUUUCGGAUCUAAUGCAUGGACCACCGACUAUAAUAAAUAAACUCUGUCAAACCUAUUCGAUUCAUAAUAUCCCGAUUGGCGGAGAAGAAAUAACGAAUUAUACCUCGAAAAUUCCAAAAACUAUUCGUUUAUAUUUUGCUGGUAAUAAAAGGUUCAACGUUACGGUAUCUAAGUACCGUUCUCAGGUAAUGUUAACGGAAGUCCAUGUACAAGCUAGAGGUACUCUUAUGACUGUUAGUUCAAAAGAAAUGGAAUCCCUUCAAAAAAGCCUGACAGAAGCGAUACGCCAAAAAGAUAAGUCUAAAAAUGCUCUUGGAGAGUCGGAUAGUGAAUUUGAUCAAAUACGUGCUAUAUCAAAAGAAAAUAAGGACGAACUAGCUGCUAUCGAAAAAAAACUUGCUUACUUCAAAAGUGUAGAAAGUGAAGCGGCUAAACGAGAGCAGGAAUUAAAAGAUUUAAGAAAAUCGUUUGUCCCUAUCGAAGAGCUACGCAACAAAUAUCGCAGUGAAGUCUCCACGUUCGCCAGAAAUAUAAUGGAAUUAGAUCGAAUCAUACAGAUCCAAAGUCAGACCAUUACGCGUUUGUUUUUUGAAAAGGCUUUGGCCACUUUGAAGGAAAGCAUACACAAAUCUGAGCACGAGCUGCAGACCGAGCUGAUCAAUGAAUCUGAAACAGAACUAAGGGAUUGUACAACCGCAAUCAAUCGGUUGAAGGGGCUCAUUCAAAUACAAAGUGAUGAGCUGAGCAGAAAAGCAAUGGAAGUUAAACGCGUGUUCAAUGGUAUGAUCCCAACCGAUGCAAAUUUUCCUCACCGAGCCGAGUUUGAAGAAGAGAAUGACGUUGAAGUUGUUAAUGAAAAAAUUCACGAGUGCCAAGCUAGAAUAGAAUGCCUUGGCGAUGUAGAUUCCGAGGCGAUCGCCAACUACCAAAGACGUAAACAAGAGGUGGACAACCUCAAGCAAAUCGUUCAAAGAAAAGCAGGUCAAGGCAAGAACAUUGAAAAUAAAAUACAGGAAAUCUACAACAAUUGGGAGCGAAAACUAAAUGCUCUGAUAGAAACGAUUAGUAAUAAGUUUUCGGAGUUUAUGGAGUCGAUCAGUUACGUCGGAGAAGUAGUGCUGUGCAAAAAGGAUAAAUUUGAUUUCGAUUCCUAUGGCAUUCAAAUAAUGGUGAAGUAUAGAAAGGAUGCCAAGCUUCAAACUUUGGAUAAGUACGUGCAGUCAGGUGGUGAGCGUGCUGUGGCCAUUGCAGUCUAUUCCCUGUCUCUGCAGCAUGUAACUCAUGUUCCAUUCAGAUGUGUUGAUGAAAUUAACCAAGGCAUGGAUGCCAGAAAUGAACGAAAUAUUUUUGAAUUACUUCUCAAUGAAGCCACCAAAGAUGGCUCCGCUCAGUACCUGUUUGUAACACCAAAGUUACUUCAAGGUAUAACGUACAACGAACGCUUAUGCUUCUCAAUCGUCUAUAACUCGAAGUCGGUUUUGGAAUGUGAAGCAUUAGAUUAUUGUUAGCCUAUAGUUAUAGUUAAGCUGCAAAAAUCAAA